GAGGGUCAUACAACAGUAAUGAAUGGAAAUACAGCGGAGCCAAGAAAGUUGAGCAGCAUCUAGAACUAUUACAGUGAGUAGGCAGAUGAAAAAAGUUAGCUUCAAGAGUGAAACAAACCCCGUUUGAAGUUAUGGAUUGGCCGGGUAAACCAGGGUCUGCGAACUGGAAGAAAAUACAGCUGUAUUUUUGUAGAAACUUUUGAACUUUUUGUUUUUCUUUUGAAGGGGAAUUUCAUCUUAACUCACGGUUGUGGGUAAAUGGCAUUUUGCGACGUUAACUGGACUCCAAAACGUGGAUUAUUUGAAUUCAUCCUUGAAUGAAACAACUGGAAUACUUCGAAAACUCACUGCUUGGAUUUUUACCACAGAGACGGACGCUUUGUAGUUGACAGCAAAGCCAUGGGAAACAUAGAAAGUGUGGACGGACAGUCGGAGAUGAAGCAUCACAUCAUGCCUCUGAAGGUGCCCAUGCCCGACCCCACCGAGCUGGAGGAGAAGUUCGCCAUUGUUUUGAACUCAAUGAACUUGCCUCCAGACAAAGCCCGGCUGCUACGACAAUACGACAACGAGAAAAAGUGGGAUCUAAUCUGUGACCAGGAGAGGUUUCAGGUGAAGAACCCACCUCACACCUACAUCCAGAAGCUCAGAGGAUACUUAGAUCCAGGAGUCACACGAAAGAAGUUUCGUAGGCGUGUUCAAGAAUCCACAAAAGUCCUACGAGAGCUGGAGAUAUCUCUGAGGACAAACCACAUUGGGUGGGUGAGGGAGUUCCUCAAUGAUGAGAAUCGGGGUCUGGAUGUCUUGGUGGAGUACCUUUCCUUUGCCCAGUGUGCUGUCAUCUAUGGAACCGUGUCAAACAGCAGAACCAUCAAAAACUCGCGGCUCGUGAGUCAAAAGGACGAUGUGCACGUGUGCAUCAUGUGCUUGAGAGCCAUCAUGAACUAUCAGUACGGCUUCAACAUGGUCAUGUCUCAUGCACAUGCUGUCAAUGAAAUUGCUCUGAGCCUGAACAACAAAAACUCACGGACAAAAGCGUUGGUCCUUGAGUUACUCGCUGCCGUCUGUCUGGUCCGAGGAGGUCACGAGAUCAUCCUUUCAGCAUUUGACAACUUCAAAGAGGUUUGCAAGGAGAAGCACCGGUUUGAGAGACUGAUGGAUUUCUUCCGCAGUGAGGAGGGAAACAUUGACUACAUGGUGGCUUGCAUGCAGUUCAUCAACAUUGUGGUCCACUCAGUGGAAGACAUGAACUUCAGAGUGCAUCUGCAGUAUGAAUUCACCAAGCUGGGACUGGAUGAUUAUCUGGAGAAAUGCAAGCAUACAGAGAGCGACAAACUGUCCGUGCAGAUCCAGGCUUACCUGGAUAAUGUGUUUGAUGUGGGUGGCCUGCUGGAAGAUGCAGAGACGAAGAAUGCGGCCCUGGAGAAGGUGGAGGAACUGGAGGAGCACCUGUCCCAUGUGACAGAGAAGCUACUAGAAGUUGAAAAUGAAACAAUGAUGAAAGUUGCAGAUUUGGAGAAAAUUCUUCUCCAUAAAGACAAAGAGUUGCAAGUCAUACGGGAGACGUACGAGUCGACCAACACCCAGGUCCACACCCUAAGGAGGAUGAUCAAGGAGAAGGAUGCGGCAUUCCAGAGGCACUUUAACAUUGAGAGGAGACUGCUGGAGCUGGAGCAGCAGGGCACCAUCCGCUUGCAUAAGAAAGCUGAUGGGGAAAUCACCAUCGAGCCUCUGGGUGUGGGAUGCGGAGGCAGUGGAUUUGGAAUACCUAUAGGAGACAUUGGACAGCUGUCUUUGGGUUCGACGGCUGUGCUAAGAGGACCUGGAGGACCAGACCUCAGCUUACCACCAGCCAGCGAAGCUCCGCCUCCCCCACCGCCUCCCCCACCUCCACCUCCUCUGCCGUCUGCUUCAGCAGUGCCGGUCCCACCACCUCCACCUCCACCCCUUGCACCCCCUCUCCCAGAUGCUUCUCCAUCUGUCAUCCUUAGUGUAGGACUGUCAGCUAUCAGGAUCAAGAAGCCAAUCAAGACCAAGUUCCGCUUGCCUAUUUUUAAUUGGACGGCUUUGAAGCCCAACCAGAUCAACGGCACAGUUUUCAAUGAGAUUGAUGAUGAGCGUGUGCUCGAGGAGCUGGACCUGGAGAAGUUUGAGGAGCUGUUCAAGACUAAAGCCCAGGGUCCAGUUGUGGAUCUUUCCUGCACAAAGAACAAAGUAGCUCAGAAAACGGUCAAUAAAGUUACUCUUCUGGAUGCUAACCGCUCCAAGAACUUAGCCAUCACGCUGAGAAAAGCCAACAAGACCACAGAGGAGAUCUGCAAAGCAAUAGAGAAGUUCGACCUCAAGGCCUUACCUGUCGAUUUUGUGGAGUGCCUGAUGCGUUUCCUUCCCACUGAAGCUGAGGUGAAGGUGCUCCGCCAGUACGAGCGCGAGCGGCGCCCGCUGGAUCAGCUGGCAGAGGAGGAUCGCUUCAUGCUGCUGUUCAGCAAGAUAGAGAGGCUCACGCAGAGAAUGAACAUCAUCACCUUUGUGGGGAACUUUGCGGACAACAUCAGCAUGCUGACGCCGCAGCUCAACGCCGUCAUCGCCGCCUCUGGUUCAGUCAAAUCCUCACCGAAGCUGAAGAGAAUGCUGGAGAUCAUUCUAGCCUUGGGGAACUACAUGAACAGCAGCAAAAGAGGCUGUGUUUAUGGCUUUAAACUACAAAGUCUUGACUUGCUGCUGGACACUAAAUCCACAGACAGGAAGAUGACUUUGCUUCACUACAUCGCCCUGAUUGUGAAGGAGAAGUACCCUGAACUGGCCAACUUCUACAAUGAAUUGCACUUUGUGGACAAAGCAGCAGCAGUCUCUCUGGAAAACGUGCUGCUGGAUGUUCGAGAGCUGGGCAAAGGCAUGGAUCUGAUCCGGAGAGAGUGCAGCCUCCACGAUCAUCCGGUCUUGAAGAGCUUCCUCCAGGGCAGCGAUGCACAGCUGGACAAGCUGCAGAAGGACUCCAAGGCAGCUGAGGAAGCCUUCAACAGUGUGGUGAACUACUUUGGAGAGAGCGCGAAGACGACUCCUCCCUCCGUCUUCUUCCCAGUGUUUGUGCGCUUCAUCAAGGCCUACAAGGAUGCAGUGGAAGAAAACGAAAUGAGGAAAAAGCAGGAGGAAGCAAUAAGAGAAAAGUUGCUCGCUCAGGAGGCUAAACAGCAGGACCCCAAGGUCCAGGCCCAAAAGAAGAGGCACCAGCAGCAGGAGCUCAUUGCGGAGCUGCGCAGGCGGCAGGCCAAAGACCACCGGCCCGUUUACGAGGGCAAAGAUGGCGCUAUUGAGGACAUCAUCACAGUACUGAAGAGCGUGCCCUUUACAGCUCGCACUGCUAAACGCGGCUCACGGUUCUUCUGUGAAGCCAACCUCUGCGACGACGCCAACUGCUAGCCCCUCCCCCCUCUUCCUAACGCCAAGGUUAUCCAGGUGUCGCUCAUAUGCCUUGUUACCCCACUGUGCAUGCAGCAUGACUUGUUCUGCACCCCUAAUCCUAGCGUGUCGACUAACUUGGGGCCAUCAUGAGUCGCGCUCUACCCGAUUUGACUCCUAUCAGGUGUUUGGUGAUAGGAGUCAGCCAAACCUCUUUGCUCGGCUUCUUGGGAAAAGUGGCUGCACUCAGGCCCAAAGAUGGGAGAUUUUUUCUGAAUGUGAGAAAAAAAAAACACAGAGUUGACUGUGAUUUAAGUUCAUAUUUAUCAUGCAUGGCACAAACAACUGGACCGUUGUCCCUGAAAUCUUUGGGAAUUGAACUGAAGAGGUUUGGCUAUAUUCCUGGUACCUUUUUGUUUUUACUAACCUUUGGUUGCUCUGGCUAACAUUACUCUGUUUCAAUCAACCAUAACGGUUUGUUCUACCCCCUCCAGCUGAAAAGAAGAUAAAUGACAGUAUUUGGCACUGCUGACAGAGGGUAAGGAAGGUAGUCUGGCUGAAAGCGGCCUGCUUGGCUCUCAGCUCCUGUGUGCUGCUACAGUAAUGUUAGCUGCUUCUGCAAGCACUUUGAAGACACAAGCUCUGCAGCUCUGCCAUUCGUUUGAGUACACAACAGAACAGUGUCCGCUUUAAAGAUUCACCUUUCAGGAGGCCGGACAUCAUCUUGCUGCAGAGAAAUGACCUUUUUCUAGCUUUUGAGAUGUUUUUUUUUAUGAUUCAUGUGGAGCAAAUGUUCUUUAAUAGUUUAGAUGUAUAGCCUCAAAGUCCAUCCUCUCUUUGUGUUUUUCAUGUCUUGCAUGUUGUCCAGUGUUCAUUGACUCCCUCACCUGUCCAAAUGUGGCUUUGUUUGUCUUUGUCGUUGCUCAGUGUGUUUGGUCAACAGGCUUCAGAAGGCACACGCCAGCAGCGUGUGUUCCAAAUUAUAACCAACAGUUUUUAAGGGACUGGUUUUUUUGUUUUUGUUUUUUAAAUGGGGGAGCUUGUUGACCGUUUUUGGUGUGAGGUUUAUUUGUGUCCUUGCUGCUCCGGCUGCUCUCCCAAAGCCUUGAAUUUCUCUCAUCGCUAACUCUGCUAGACGAAAUACAAGGUUAUGGGAAUUUGGCUUUGUGUUGAUUUAAAGAAUAAACCUCAGUUGGCAUUUUCUUUAAAUAACUUUUGAAAAAUGAUCAGUUUUCCAAAAGGAAAUCUUGUUUUUUCAUCCUGGCAUUUUUAAUUGUACUUCUUAAUUUCAUCGUCUCCACUGUAACAAAAAUGCGAAUAAAAUAAGAUAUAAGCCUCUUCCUUAUGUACAUCCAAGAAAAUGGGAACUGAGUGUAAAUCCUGGGCACUUACUGCUUUAAAAUUCCCAGCCCUGCCAAAAAAAUAAAAUCAUCUUUAAGACAGCUGAUGCAUUUGACGUUUUUGGUCCUCUAACAUGUGUGUCCCUCCUGCCCCCCCUCCCACCUUCCUUGCCUACUCACAGAUCUGCGAAACCAGCCCUUCCUGCGAGCUGACGCACUGAUCCGGAGCUGUUGGAAGAGACCUUAAACCACUUAUCUGUCACUUAUCGCUGCCCUCAUAACCCUCGCUCCCAUGUGUCUGUGGUCAAUGUCAACCCGAGGCUGCAGAUGAAGGAGGGACGGGAUGGAGCUGCUUAAUUUAUUUAUUUAUGAAGGCCCUUUAUAGCCACUGUUAGGUGAGCGUUCACCAUUACAGAAGCACGGCAAAGCUUCACUUCAGACGUCUUCUGGGGCUCUGUGCUGGGAGAAACCUGCAGCACAGGUGAGAGUGGCAGAGACAGGGUGAAGGAAAGAAGGGCCCUUCGCCGGCAUGGGGCGGUUCCCGUCAACGUCUCUUGCCCCUCAGAUGGAGCCGUGAAGGCAGGACUCAGGACUGGGAGGCAGCUGGGAAAAGCUAAACCUUUUUCCAAACUGGGAACCUUUGCAACAUGUGGAUUGUGUAACAGCAGUCAAAACUUUACAUUGAGAUUGUAUCCUGAAGAUAAAAACAGUCACUUUAACCAUUUCCUUUGGACAAGCUAUUUAAGCCAAAACGAAUUCUUCGUGUCAGAAGUGCCUUUUGUGUAAACAGUGUUAUUCGUUUGUCAGCCGUCAUUUUUUUUGUGCUUGUUUAAGAUUGUAUUUUUGUGUUCUAAUAUUAGCCUUAUAAUAGGGACAAUAUGUAGAUACAAAGCUCCAAACAGCUGCAGUCACAGAUCAGCUGUUGCAGUUUGUGCCUCGACAUCCUUUCCUGUCACAGCUUCAGUGACGCUUUGGAAGCAAUAUAUGCAUGAAGAGGAGACUCCGCCCCCUACCUGCCCGCCUGGUGCCGUUAGGAGACACUUUGUAAUGUUGGACUCAUCUUCGCUGUAAAUGUUUUAUAACACAUACGUCUGAAAAUGUUGAUUAAAUGAAAACAAAUGUUUCCUCCCAACAAAUGUUUUGCCACAAAAGGAGCAUUCCCAGUUUUACACUACUCCAAUUUGGGAGACACUAGUUUUUUAAGCAGAAAUUUAUACCAAUAUUCCUUAAAUUCAAGAAGUCUGUAAAAAAAAACCUCAAAUAUACUUUGUAUUGUCUUGAAGAUGAACAUUUCUUAUUAAUAAACAUGGGAAAUAAACUGU